AUGGCCGACCUCGACGUCGCGAGCCACUACAACCUCCCUUCAGAGUUCCCCGAAGAAUGGCCGGCAGCUCUGGACGAAGCCGAUCAGCUUGACGAAGAGCCCCUCCAGAGAGCAGACUCUCGUCCGCGUAAAUCGCGAUACUUCGCCCUUGAACGCAGUCCCAGUGAUUGGAGAAACAACUUUGGUUCACGACGAGGGAAGGAAGGCAGAGACAAUGCGCAGAGUGAUGAACCCGACCCAUUGGGGACAGGCGACAGCGUCCUUCGCAUCCUCAAGCAGCGCGGGGUACCCCUAGAGGAGGAAGGUGGCCAGCGAUCCCGGUUCCUGCUAUCAUCGACGUCGUUCUCCCCCGCACUCUUCCUGUCGCAAGUGCAUUCCCAGGCAUCCAUCGAAUCGCUCAUGGGUGGCUUGGACAACCUCUCGCAAUCGAUCGAUCAAAAGUCCGCGUCGCUGAAAGUAUUGGUAGAGGCCAACUUCGAACGUUUCGUCCGCGCCAAGGCAACCAUCGAUGCCGUCUACACUGAGAUGAGGAACCAGGGCAUGGAGAAGGAACCAACCCUAGCUCCCCGCAGGUCAGGACACUUCCGGAGCUAUUCAGGUCAAAACCGCAGUCCAUCACCAGCUCCAGUGGUGACUCCCAAGAAAACGGCGCUCACGAAAGAGAGCGAGUACGGCAUGAAGGGUAUCCGAGGUCCUUUGGUGGAAGCUUCUGUCAAGGCUGAGGAGGUAUGGGGGCCAGCUCUUGGAGGUCGAGAACGAGAACAGGUACUGAAGUCGGUGGUUGAGACGAUGGAGAAACACCGUGAAGCCUAUGAGAUUGGAAGUCUUCUGUCCAAGUCUAUCCAACAACGAGAUUACGAUUCUGUUUUCGAGCAAUAUACCAGAGCCAGGACGCUCGCCAAUGGAGCUAAGAAUAUCGCAGACCAAGCUUCCAGCACCCGUCGGCAACUGAACGACUCUGAAACGCAUACUAUCUUGACCAUGGGCCGCAUGUGGAUGGAUGUUGACCAACAAAUCCAGGAUUUCAAACGCGAUCUCUGGAGGCGACUUAGUGAUGCACCCACUACAUCGACCACGAGCACUGCCUCUGGGCCUGUGGAAGAGCAUAUGGAACUGAUCGGGGCUUUGCUGGAACUGGGCGUCGAGGACAACCCUAUUUGGACGUGGCUUCAAAGUCGCUAUGAAUUCCUGAAAUCUAAGAUCACAUUAUUCUGUGACCGAUGCAAGGUCGAAAUUGAAAUAUUGAGAAGACGACUUGCUGCUGGAGAGAGGCCAACUCCACAGGCUACGGCAUCCUACCUUCGCCUGGCACCUCGUGAUGGCUCAGCAGAUUCGCCGGAGAGACUGGACACUGAUCAAGUCAUCGAGCUCUGGGAAUGUGUACAAGCGUUUUUAACCAGACUUCUUUCGUCGCAGAGCGGUUUACUGGGAGAGGUGUUGGAUUUCUGGGAAGUAGCCCAGUCUUUCAUCGAUGGCAAUCGACAACGGCUUCUACCUGUCGGUUUUGAGGGCGAGAGCCGCAAACACCACCGACUCUCAAGCAGCAGCGUCAAGGAGCUGGAGACAGGCGUUGUGGAAUUGGUCAACCUUAUUCGACAGAACGUCCUGGCCCUCUUCACAGAGCUUCCAACCGAAGAUGUCUCCUUGCUCUUUACCCCGGUUCCGGCAAGUCCAUCAAGCCCCGAGACAAGAGGCAUUACCCCAACAGAAUCUCGCUUCAAGCUGGAUCCGAAGAACCUACCAAUGCCUGCCCCGAAACUGGGAGAGCCCUGGGAGGAGUUUGCCUUCUGGCCGCCGUUCUCCAAUUCACUGAGUGGAGUGCAUUACUUGAGCAAAUUCCUCAUCAUCUUGGGGACCGCUGCCAGUGAAAUGGCGGCCCUACGGCCGGUUGCUAGCGCUGGGAAAUCGCAUGAUCUGCUCAAGUCUCUUGUGAGUGUAUCUAGGGAGCGUUGUGCCCGUGUGGCAUGCGCUGCUUGGAGCAAAGAUGCAGAGAUUUGCAAGAUGCUAGAAGAUUGGACCCGCGAUUUGGAUAAUCGAGAUCUAACCAAGAUGCCCGGGUUCUUUGUGGCUUUCGAGGGCGCUAUCCUUGCAGGCAUGCAGAAGAUCCUCUAUAUUUCAGAGGCAAUGGCAAAGCCAGGCUCUGUGGAUGUUAUCACUCAGCCGCCUGCGAAAUUGCUUCAAACGGUGCGCUCUCAAUUUGUAUCAAGUGUCUACAAAGCACUGAGCGGGCUGGUCGAAAAUGCUGAGCGUCCGACAAGUGUUGAGGAAGAGAAUGAAUGGGUCAUUGCUCGCCCAGCAAUCACGAGUCAAGCCACCGAUGCUGCCUUGUCUGUUCUGUCGGCGGAUUCUGUAGAUUCAUGCAACAGGAACGUCCGAAUCCUCCUCACCCUCUCAAAUCUCAAGGCCCUACAGGCUGAAUAUGUUCCACAACUAAUCUCCAACUUUGAGACUGCUUUCUCUGUCAAACUAACUGAAGAGGCCAAGACUGUCCGGGACGUACUCAGCCAAAUCGAAGACCGACUGUUCCAGUCAUAUGUCAACCCAACCACCACCAUAUUAAAUGAUACCAUCACCGCCGGCAUUGGAUCCCCUGACUGGGUGCCUUCGAUCGAUCGACCGGAGCAAGUUCGACCCUAUGUCUACAACACUAUGCUGACCAUGGUGCUCGUCCACACCGAGAUCUCCACGACCAUCCCGUCAACCGUAUCGCCGACCACCAACUUGCAUGUCUCCAAAGCAUCUUCUAAACUCUUGGCCACCGUAUUGACACACCUCGUGACGCAAAUUUGUUCAUCCCUGCUCGAGGCCUUCCGUGCUCGUUCCUCCUUCUCGCUAGCCGCUUUGAUGCAAGCAACCCUGGACACGGAGUUCAUCGCACAGUCACUAUCACAAUACGCAACCGAAGAAGCAUCAGGCAUGCAAAGCCAAAUCUACGUCGAGCUAGAUGCCCGCACAACAAACGAAGCACGGGUGAACCUCCAAUCCGAACUAGGAGAAAUGAGAGGCAUCCUGAAAAGACUCAGAGACAGGACGAAGGGCGAGUUUGCCUGUUUCAGGAAACGCAGCUCCAAUAGUUCCAAGUCCUCCAACACUCUACAGACAUAG